GCUCUCUCCUUUUUAUUAACAGCUGAUGCCUUCAAAACAUAUUCGAAAUAUGGUGUGUCCAAGUGAUUCCACUGCUUCCGGUUUUGAUAUCCUUAAUAUCAAAGACUAUAUUUUAGAAAAAUAUGUGCCUCCAAAGCUGUCGGAUCCCAUUUACUCGGUUGUCUUUGUGGACGGCAUUGUUGAAAACAAGCUCACGUUUAAACAUUCACAGCUCCGAUGUACUGAACUAGUUUGGCCGUUUAGCAGAACAGGAGCUGUGCCAAUGCAAGUACCUAUUAAAGCAGCACAGAUCUUGGCCGAAGCUGACGAUGAAUUAAAAGGAAAGCGGAUAUUGGAAAUAACGCUUGAUAUGGUAUCAUAUCAAACAGCCGAAGACUAUUUUCAACCUGGUGAUACAAUUGGCAUACUACCAAUCAACAACAUAAAAGAUGUGCAAUUACUGCUGAAACACAUGCAGCUUACAAACAACAUUGAAGAUAUAUUCCAACUGCUGAUUUCUACAAAGUGCAGCAAAAAAACUGCAAAACUGCCAACAUACAUUCCAACUCAUUGCAAACCAUAUCGAUUAUUACGUGAUUGCUUAAACAUACAUGCCAUACCGAAAAAACAAUUCCUUAAUGUUUUAGCCAAUUGUUGUGAAAAUAAUGAUGAACGCGCCUUUCUAUGCACUUUAUCCUCAAAGGAAGGUAGCAGUUACUACAACGAACUGAUUUUAGAACGUGGCCUUAAACUUCUCGAAUUGCUUGAAUUAUGUCCUUCCUGUAAACCUACAUUAGAAGUACUUAUUGAGCAUCUACCGCGCUUAUUGCCUCGUCCCUACUCAAUAGCGAAUAGUCCUGUUGGGAAUGAUUUGAAACUUAUCUUCUCAAUACUCCCGGAAAAACCUGGUGUUACAACAGAUAUGUUAAACAAUCUGGCGACAUCUUUACUCAACACUGCGAAUCCUUCAGAGUUGCCAAAAAUUACAAUGUAUGCACGACUACCAAAUCAAUUUCGUUUUACCUCACAAGAAGCCAACGAAAGAAAUCACAUUCUAAUCGGUGUAGGCACAGCCUUAGCACCUUUUUUAGGUUUUCUAGAACUAAAGGAACAACUACUUGCGAAUGCAACAUUUAAAACGUUAGGCGAUACAUGGCUUUUUGCAGGUGCCAUCAAUGAAACGCACCUACCAUGCAGAGAACGUAUAUUAGCAUAUAAAGAAGCUGGAGUGCUACAACGCUACUUUGAGAGUUUUUCCCGUGUGCUGAGUGCCUCCUUUCACUAUGUUCAGGAACAAUUAUUGGCUCAUGCAAGCGAAUUUGUAGAGUUUUUGAUGCAAGAAAAUACUGUGCUAUACAUCUGUGCUGAUGGUGGAUCGAUAUCGAAGUCAAUAGAAAAAGCAAUUAUGGAAUGUUUGGUACAAGUUAAACAUAUAACACUCGAUGAAGCGUCUCAAGAGUUAAAAUUAUUUAAAGGAAAUGGCAAAUAUCGUGAAGAUUUGUGGCUGUAAUUGACUUGAAUUUCAUAACAAAGACAACACAUUAUGAGUAUGAGUUGGUUAAAUAAGGGCAGUUGCAUAUUAACAUACAUACGUAUGUGCUUAUGUAUGUGUGAAUAGCUAUGUAUGUUUAUUGUAAAGAGUCUCUUGAAAUGUGUAAUAUAUGUGCAUAGAAAAAAUGUAUGGUAAAUUAGUAAUCGAAUAAUAAUUUUUGGAACAACAAAA